CUCAUUCUCCAUCUCUAUAUAUACUUCCCCAUUCUCUCCUUCAUUCCUCCUCCCUUAUGUAACCCUAAAUUCGCCGGAGAGAGAGAGUCGAAGCUACAGAAUUUCAGUUCGCCGCUGCGGAAGCUCCAUAACCAAAUUCCUUCCGCCGUAGCGUUCUUAUUCAGAAAUUCUUUUGCUCCGUCUCCGAUCCCGAUCAAUAGCAAUGGCUCGUUCUUUCUCUAACUCUAAGAUUCUCUCUGCUUUCGUCUCCGACUCCGUUUCUGCUUUUCUUAGCAGGCGUGGAUAUGCGGCGGCAUCACAAGGUGCAGUCUCCGGUGUAGCGAAAGGAGGAGUGCCAAGGAGCAACGUGAUGAUGCAAAAAAGUGGAGAGGAAUCCGUGAAGACUUCAUGGGUGCCAGAUCCAGUUACCGGUUACUACAGGCCGGAAGGACAAGCAAAUGAGAUUGACGCUGCUGAGCUCCGGAAGAUGCUGUUGAAGAACAGAUCUGGAAGCAACUGAAAAGCUUUGAAGCUGUGUCUUUGAUCUCCGGUUACUCAUCGGAGAUCUUUGAUCAACGAGAAAAAAGUUAAAGAGAAUUUAGGGAAGACACUGUUUUAUCAGCAGAAAAAAAUAGCAGUGAAAUUUACUCAUGCUUUGUUUGCUUUAAAUUUUAAGCUUAUUGUUAUAUCUUUUCUUUUAGUAGUAUCUUUUAUUCAUGCAAAUGAAAUAAUUAUAGUAUUAGUAUUAAAUUUUCAGUUUUUAGA